ACACCUGAUCACAUCACCUGCAGCUCUCUGGUGGUCCAUCUCACAUCUCAGGGAGGAUCCACAGUCCUGUAAAAACAUGCUUCAUUAGUGGAAAUACUCCAGGAGGGAUGUGACACCACACUUCAGUCUGCAGCAGUGGCCCUGAUCCUCCUCCAUAGAACAGGUCCUUCUGGUCCUCCUCAGGGUAAGUUCUCCUCCCCUGCUGUUCCCCCUUCAGUCACUAGGGAGAGACUGUGGACUACAAACAGCUCCACACUCAGAGGGUCCCGCAGACAGCAGACAGGCAGGACCAGGACCAGAGAGUCUGCACCGCUCCGCCAUCCGCACACCGGCCUGCGGGACGCGCCGCACUCUCCGUCCGGGAUGGAGAAGGACCCCUCAGACCCAGACCCGGACCCGUCCUGCCACAGGAACGGGUUCGUGGGCGUCCUGUACGGGGAGUUCUCAGACACGCUCAACGACCGGGUCCGGUACUCUGUGAGCCUGACGGAGCGCGCCCUGACCGUGCAGGGGAUCUCCUCGUCCCCCAGCAGGACCAAGGUGGUCUUCGACCUGACGGACUGUGUGGGCUGCAGGGCGCACAGGGGGCCGGACUCCCAGGACCACGGAGCCUACUUCACGGCGUACUUCUACCCCUUCAAGAGGCGCUGGAUGAGCGCAGGACUGACCCGGCAGAGACUGGAGCAGUGCUUUCGGGUGGCGCUGGUCCAGGACCCGAUGGCGAACCUGCAGGAGGCUGAGAGGUGGGCUCGGUCCAUCAGGGAGGCGUCCGCCCAGCAGGCGCCCCGGAGAGACGGUGUGGUGUACGGAGAGGUGUGCCGGCCCGGCAGAGUCAUGAUCCUGGUGAACCCCAACAGUGGACGCGGUCAGGCCCUGCAGCUGUUCACGGGCCACGUUCAGGGCAUGCUGACCGAGGCGUCUGUCCCUUACACACUCGUCAUCACAGAGCAUCAGAACCACGCGCGGGAGGUGGUGAAGAAGGCCGACCUGUCGCAGUGGGACGCCCUGGUGAUCAUGUCUGGAGACGGGCUGCUGUUUGAGGUGAUAAAUGGGCUGAUGGAGCGGGAGGACUGGCAAGAGGCCAUCCAGACCCCUCUGGGGAUUCUACCAGGUGGCUCAGGCAACGCCCUGGCAGCCUCUGUCCACCACUACUCGCAGUCUCCUCCUGCCUGGAACGAGGAGCUCCUCCUGAGCUGUGGCUUCAUGCUGUGUAAAGGUCUGGUGUGCUCCAUGGACCUGGUCUCGGUCCACCUGGCCUCUCGGCGCCGCCUCUUCUCCUUCCUCUCCCUGGCCUGGGGCUUCGUCGCCGACGUCGACAUCGAGAGCGAGAAGUACCGCCACGUCGGAGCGAUCCGCUUCCUGAUGGGCACGCUGGUGCGCCUGGCGUCCCUCAGGACCUAUCAGGGCAGGCUGGCGUACCUCCCAGUGAAGGAGGCGCCAAAAACUCCGAAAGGGAGCAUCAAGGUGAACCACGCUCCCUCCUCGGCUCCUCAGCUGCCCUCCUUCUGCUCCUCUCUGCCGUGUCGACUCUUCCCCGCCCCCUCGCCAAACCAGAACUCCCUCCAAAACCACAUCAGCACAAACUCCAACCACAACACCAUCACCAACUCCUCCAACAACGCCAUCACCUCCAAGAGACCAGAGAUCGACGGCAAGACCAGAGAGCCUGCAGACUCUCUGCUUCCUGGUCUGGACCAGCCGGUCCCCGAGAGCUGGACUGUGGUCAAAGAGGAGGACUUCAUCUUAGUGCUGGCGAUGUACCAGUCCCACCUGGCGGAGGAUCUGUGGACGGCCCCCGGAGCGAUGGCAGACGAUGGAGUGAUUCAUCUCUUCUACGUGACCGCAGGGAUCUCCCGCCCGGCUCUGCUGCGUCUCUUCCUCGCCAUGGAGAAGGGCGCUCACCUGGCGUGCGGCUGCCCCCACCUGGUGUACGAGCGGGUGAAGGCUCUGCGUCUGGAGCCGCUCUCUCCACAGGGCAUGAUCACAGUGGACGGAGAGAUGGUGGAGUACGGGCCGGUCCAGGCUCAAAUCCACCCCGGCUUGGCCAGACUCAUAUGUGGAUAAACGUGGAUUAUGAUAAUCUGGUUUCUGGCUGUAGAGCUUUCUCGUUUGGCCUUUUCUUCUUCGUGUGGAUCUCUGUGAAUACGCUGUUUUUCAGAAGUGCCAAAGACGUUUUAUCAGCCUCUGGAAAUCCCUCUAUUUUUCUACUGAAGCGACUCGUCCUCUUUUUACUCCCCUGCUUUCUUUCUCCCUUCAUUCAGGGUCAAACGGCGGACGGUUGUCCUUGCUGCUGGCUGGUCCCAGCUCAGAGAGACGGGGGGGGAUUUUGUGUUUGUGUGUGAGAGUGUGUGCAUAAGGCGGAGGGGUCCUUAUGUGUGUUUGUGUGCACUCAAGUGUGUGUGAGGAGUGCAUUGUGCACUCUGCUGUCUGACCUCAUAAGCAUGUCGCACGUGAAGAGAAGCACAUUUCCCCAUCCUGGGAGGCUCCUGAAGAAGCCCCGCCCCCUCGUCCCACUGUACUACACCGGGGCCGACAAUCUCCCUCCUGACAGCCUCGCCUGCCCCUCCUCCGCCUGAUCCAGAAGAGCUUUCUUACUGAGGGGAGCUUAAAUCCCCCCCCAGGGGAUUUGAUGUGGAAAAAUCUUUAAUCUUUGCAUAGCUUACAUAAAAAAAAUAUAUUGAACAAUAGCAGAUGUAGCGAGCGAAUGUAACCGCCAUGUUUUCUUUUUCUGUGUGUGAGAACUUCCUCCAGCUGAUUGUGGAGGCAGACCUGGACCGCUCAACUUCAUCUUUCUCCUGCUUCAUCUUCAACCGCCAUCAAACUGAAGCUCACACAUACAUACUUCCUCCUCCUCCUCCUCCUCCUCCUCCCUCCCUCUCUCUCUCUCCUCCUCCUCCUCCUCCGUCAGCUCCUCACUUGCCCUCAUACACACAGAUUCCCUCGCAUCUCUGCAGCACUUAGCGAGGGGGAGGGGCACGGUCUACUACUGUGCAUAUGAUCCCCUCUCUUCUUGCCAUCUUAAGAUUGUACUCCCUCUCUUCCUCUCCUUCUCUCCUUCUCUCUCUCCUCUCUCCUUCCUCGGUUUAACGAGCCAUCAGCACCUAAUGUGUCCUUAAUAUGAAGCUUUACGUCUGCAGGAGAGAGUCAGAGAGGCUCUUUAUCCUGAGUUUGACUUCGUUGACACGUGGAGGGUUUCAGAGCGGGUCGGUCUGCAGUGCACGGAUCGAUGAGAGUGCGUCGCUCCUCCGUGUGGCCUUUCUUUGACACUGCUGUGGUGUCGAGGAUCAGAAAACAAGAGCAGAGAGGAGAGCAGGAGUAAGCUCUGUAUCCUCAAUCCUUUCCUGACUCUAAAUCAUCCGUACUGUACAAACGCCUCUUCUUCUGAAACGGUCUCAAAGAAAACCUGAUGAUCUGUUUUUUAAGGUUUAGAUGAGUCGAUGUCAUCCUGAGUGCAAACAGUCGAUGCACCGACCUGAUAAUGCACGUUCAGAAAGUGUUCCCCUCUCAGACUCUGAAAGAAGCAUCAAUGUAAUUAUCUGCACAUCAUGCAAACAGAAGAAAGGUCUCUGUAGCGGCUGAGUCUUAAAUUUCCCCGUCACAGGAUUGAUCUCAAAGACACAUUAAAGGUCGGUGUUUAAAGCUCCUGCUGGGACCUCUCAGUUUGACGCUCUUUGGCGCCCUCAUGUGGGCGAACAUGAUGUCUGUUCUCCUGUGCAUUGCAUCAUCUCUGCCUCCUGCUGUCUUGUAGAAGUUGCAUGCAUCUCUCAUUUCUUCCUGACCCUGAUACUCCUUUACCACCGAGGUAGUUUCAGGCCCGGAUUAGAGCCGGCGCUCAAUUGAGAACCGAGUUUUAAUGUUUCGACUGCGAGUGAACCGGCCAGGAAAACCAGUUCCAGAGUGGCUCCAACUCUUUGCUGGUCUAGAACAGCAAACCGCUUACAUCAGGGGCGAGGGGUGCGUCACAGAGACGGUCCAUCCUUUCACUGAUGGUCUCGCUUUCCGCCGGUCAUCAUAAAGCAUCUGAAAACUCCUCACUGGAGCUUUAACUUAAGGCCUUUUCAUCGCUUUAAAACAUCCUCAAGCUGCAGCAACACUCGCACACAUAAGAUACUUUAAUUGGACUUAAACCCUGCAGAGCCCAGCAGGACGUUGUCAUCAUGCACGUGUCAGAUAGAGCAGACGCUCCUCCUGCACAGAGGGCAGAUGUUCAUUAUGAGUUUCAUCAGAGGUGGAGCAGAAAGAUCUGCACACAGGAUCACCUCCAGCUGUUUACACUUCUCAACAAGAGGGGCAGAUGUUAGACUCCCUCAGUUUCAUCUGAGCUGUCAACAAACCCUGAUGGACCGGCUCAGGUUAGAGGUUCACAUUUAAUCUUUGCAGCAUCAUCAGUGAGAGGCGUGCAGGUCAGGUGAUCUCUGAACACAAACACAGAGCGGUCUGACUUUUCCUUCCUCUAAUCUCUGCGUCUGCUCCUCAGUUCUUACAAAUCUCAUUUCCAUGCCGUGUUCAAACCUCAACAUCUCAUGCUGUACCUUUAACUCUCUCCUCAUGAAGCUCUCCAGGUGCUAAAGUUCUCCACACGCACUGCUCAUGCCUCGAUCUCAUAACUGUAGUCAUAAGCUAUGCAAACGCCUCGUCACGGCUGCAGGUGACCGGAGCGAGGGCUCCCUCUGCUGGAGGAACGACACACGCUUCUGUUAUACAAUCUCUAGAUCUUACAGAUGCUGAAUCCAGCUCAUUGUAAUCAUCAGAAUCAGACCGUGCUGCAGGUCAGAGUCUGUGCAGAGCUUCUGGUUCUGGACUGUUAAAGGUUUCUCCACCUGCUGCUUUAAUAAGUAAAGACCUGAACCCUGUCAGUGAGGUUUAAUCUCUGUAAUCUGAACAGUCAUGCCUUUUAUUCUCUGCUUUACUCUGAUAUCCUCGUUUCUCUCUCGCUCACAGAAGCCUGAUCAGACCGGUGCUGGGUCUUUCUCUUUGUUGUUGUUGUUGUUUCGUUGACUCUGAGAGUGGAUCAGAGCAUCCUCACGGUCCGGUUGAAUGUGUGUGUGUGUGUGUGUGUGUGGUUUAGUGUGUGUCACGGUUUGCAGCUUUUUGUUCGAAGCUAACGGUGAAAACGUCAGAAAGUGCCUUAACCAAUCAGGAGGCAGGAGAUGUACAGACUCUACGACGUGUUUAAGGAGUUAACUGAAUCAAUAUGACGUCUGUACGACACAUUCAUCAUCUCCUUUGUUUUUAGACUUCUUUUUUAAAGAUCAAUAAACAUAUUCAUGUAGAAAAA